UUAGGUUAUGAACAUCACAAGGCUUUUGCGUAGCUGUGCAUCUCUUCACAAUACUCUGUUUUUCUGCUUGCUCAGUCACAGAGUUCCUGAACAUGUGUUGUUCCAGUGUCCUCCCAGGAGGGGGAACCAACACUGAACUGGCCCUCCACUGCCUUCAUGAAGUGCAAGGAGAUGUUCUGGCAGCCCUGGAUCUUCUUUUGGUCAGAGGAGAUUAUCGUUCCUCCUCACAUGCCUUAAGUGACUAUCACUAUACAGGGUCAGACUUCUGGUGUCCCCAAGAGAAGAAACUCUUCAGAAAAGCUGUGGUCACUGUGAAUAAGGACUUUCAGCGUAUUCAGAACAUGUUACAGAGCAAGACAGUGUACCAGUGUGUUGAGUAUUACUAUGCCAUGAAGAAACUAAAGAAAUUCAAACAGCGCACUAAAGGAGACAAAAGGGAAGGAGGUGGAGUGGACUCUACCGAAUCACCUACUGGUCUUGACGAACAGCAAAUAAGCAGAAGGGGAGUGCAGCGUUCCCUGGCCAGACAAAGACCUCCACAGCAGCUUCAGACGGCUGCGGACACGUCUAUGGAGUUCACCUGUGAGGAGUGUGGUCGGGGCUUCGAGAAGGUCAGGAGCCGCAGCGCUCACAUGAAGACCCACCGGCACCAAGAGCGAAAUUGCUCCAUGGCGUCCAGCUGGCCUGACAGAGACAAAACUCAACAGGGUAUCCAUGGAAGAGAGCUAGCCGUCACCUCUGAAUCAGAUUCACCAUAGCUCAGGAUUCUGCAGUUACAGCAGCAAGUUGUGAAAACAGCCAGCCUACAUUAUAAAAGCCACAGACGUCAAAUUUAGUUAGUAAAAUACUAAUAUAUAGGCUAGUCCACUAAGCAUUUCACGAAAGACUUGAAACAAUGCAAAUUGCUAAACAUAAUUAAUAUCAAAUUAUGGCUUAUUGUAGUAUUCAAAUUUGGAUUAUUCAGAUAUUUAAAAUGGGUAUAAUAUCCAUUAAAAUUAUGGAGAUUUAAAAUAUGAUCUAGAAUCAGCUGUUCAGUCUGUUUUACAUCUGUUAAGUGUGUAAGCUUUGUUAUGUUGUUGCAGAAGUUGAAUUUGAGUUUUUAUGUCAAGGUUGAAGUGAUCUCAUCAAAUUCUCUUGGAAGAAUUUAUUUAUUUAUUAUUUCACUUUUUAUUUAUUAUGUAAUAUUUUUUCUGUAAGGAAACUGAGGCACGAUAUUGUGUACACAAAUAUAUUAGUUAUUUUAUAUGGUCAGUCUGACACUGAAUUUUAAAGACCUCACAAUUGUUCUCCAUUGUUUCUUGGUUGAACAGCACUCCAUUCUUAAUGGGGGGAAAAGGCAGCAGAUUUUUGAGUGUUGA